AUGGAUUCUGUUUCGAAUCCCAAUGCGCUAAAUUCAUUCGACUUUGACGUUCUCAAAGUUGCAACUCUCUAUGUGACAUGCGUCUUCAUUGUCUGCGAAGUUCUGAGAUAUAUUUGCAUCGGAUUUUAUGAACAAUCUAUCCUGAAAUCCACCGACUACAUCAGCAUCUUCUUCAUCAACGCUAUCAGCUUCUUCUCUGUCCACAACAUCAAAUGGGGUAUUGCGAGUCCAUUCACACAGUUCGAGGAUAUCGUCUUCAAUCGUAAAAAGACCGGUUUUCUUGGACCGAUCUGCAACCUCGCCGGUCAAUUUGUUGGCGCCUUUUUGGCUGCCGGAAUGACUAUUAUCAGUUGGGAAGUCCUUUCUCAGCAAACAUGGAUCACCCACAUUGCCACAAUGCACAGCGAAUUAUUGGAACGGCCUUGGUGUUCAUGGAAAUCUGAAGACUUCCCACGCUUUCUUUUCGCCUUUGUCUCUCAAAUCGUGAUCGCUGCCUCCAUGCGAAUGAUUCUCACUAAGUUGAACACCAAAUUUACCCCAGCUAUCUACACUUUCUACUAUACGUUCGCUCGAGUUCUCAUCGGCUUCCCCGGAUUCGACGUAAUGUACAGCUUCUCUCAUUUGGCGGUUUGUAGCUUGAAGACCGACGAAAUUCUCGGAUUGUUCCUCAGUUACAUGGUCGCUCCGGUUGUUGGUUGGCUGUGCUGCCGUUUCCUCCUGGAUUCACCAAUCACAGCAUCUCAAUUGAAAAAGGAGAAGAAGCGAGAGAGACAAGAAAGAGAGGCUGAACUCCUUGCAGAGAAAACCGAGCAAGAAGCGAGAAGAAAAGCUGGGAAACAAGGGAAAAAGAGGGAUUAG